AUGUUUUUGGUGCCCGAGGUGCUUGCCGUGAGAGAAAACCAAAGAUGAGUACCAGUGUUGGUGAAAUGGAUAUAUCAAGCGAUAGCAAUCGUGAUAGUGACUGUGGUCAAAAUGAGGAUGGAGAAGCAGUAAGCCUUAAUGAUGCAAAUA